CUUCUGUCUCCUUGGCAACGGGACGCACAAGCUCCUGCAGGGAGCGGUGGCCGUUAGGUUCCGGCCCAGGUCAUGUCGCGACCGAAGAAUCAGAGCUACAAGGGCCAUGGAUUGUCAAAAGGAAAAGAGCGAGAGCAGAGAACAUUAAUCCGAUUCAAGACCAAACCCGUGAAUACUCUCAUGGACGUCCUACGCCACAGACCAGGAUGGGUGGAAGUAAAAGAUGAAGGGGAAUGGGAUUUCUACUGGUGUGAUGUCAGAUGGCUCCAGAAGAAUUUUGACCAGACAUACAUGAACAAGCACGUGCGGAUCAGCCACUUUCGGAACUACUAUGAGCUCACCCAAAAGAACUACAUGGUGAAGAACCUGAAGCGCUUCCGGAAGCAGCUGGAGCGCGAGGCGGGAAAGGUGGAGGCGGCCAAGUGCGACUUCUUCCCCAAAACCUUCGAUAUGCCCCGCGAGUACCACUUGUUUGUAGAUGAGUUUCGUAAGAGCCCGGGAGUCACCUGGAUCAUGAAGCCUGUGGCGAGAUCUCAAGGGAAGGGCAUCUUCCUCUUCAGGAGGCUGAAGGAUAUCAUGGACUGGAGGAAGGACACAAAGAGUUCUGAUGACCAGAAAGAUGAGAUUCCUGCGGAGAACUAUGUUGCUCAGCGUUACAUCGAAAAUCCCUACUGUCUGACAGGUCGAAAGUUUGACCUGCGUGUCUACGUGCUAGUGAUGUCGUACAACCCACUGCAGGCCUGGCUGUACUGAGAUGGUUUCGCCCGUUUCUCCAGCACCCGCUUCACCCUGAACAUCGACGACCAUUAUGUUCACCUCACCAACGUUGCUGUGCAGAAGAAGUCUCCUGACUACCACCCGGGAAAGGGCUGCAAGUGGAUGCUCCAGCGCUUCCGGCAGUACCUGGUGUCCAAGCAUGGUCCUGAGGCAGUGGAGACGCUCUUCAGUGACAUGGACAACAUCUUCAUCAGGUGCCUCCAGAGCGUGCAGAAAGUGAUCAUCAGUGACAAGCACUGCUUUGAGCUGUAUGGUUACGACAUUCUCAUUGACCAGGACCUCAAGCCGUGGCUUCUAGGAAUCAACGCAUCUCCUUCGCUGAUGGCCAGCAGCCAGGAAGACUACGAACUCAAGACCUGCCUGCUGGAGGACACCCUGCAUGUAGUGGACAUGGAGGCCAGGCUCACAGGAAGGGAGAAGAGAGUUGGAGGCUUUGAUCUCAUGUGGAACGAUGGCCCUGUCAGCAGAGAGGAGGGGCCUGCUGACCUGUUUAGGAUGAGAACCUUUGUGACCAACACACACUUGGGUAUGCUGGGCCAGGCAGGACAUGGAUGGGAGGGACAGGUGGACUAGGGGGAAGUUUGGCAUAGCAGUUAGAUGAUGUAAAUUCAGUCAGCAGUGUAGUAGGUAUGUGACUCCAGAAAGUGACGUAAACUCCCUGUUCUCCAACCAGAAACUAGAGAUGAAUUGUUACUUAUAGGUGUAUCCAAUCUGUAGCCCAGGACCUCAGGAAGCCAAAGGUGGCUAUGAAUGUGGCCCAAUACAACACUGUAAACUCACUUAAAACUCUU